CGGGCUGGGAGCUCCGGAUGUGGGCGCCGGGCAAGCCCAGGAUGGACAGCCGCUACAGCAGCGCGGCCGGCCUGGGCGACCUGAGCCCGCUCGGCGCCGCGCUGCCGGCCACGCGCGUGGAGGUGUCGGUGUCCUGCAGGAGUCUGCUUGACAGAGACACGUUUUCCAAAUCUGAUCCAAUUUGUGUCUUAUACGUACAAGGAGUUGGAAAUAAGGAAUGGAGAGAGUUUGGAAGAACUGAAGUAAUUGAUAAUACUUUAAAUCCUGAUUUUGUAAGAAAAUUUAUUCUGGACUACUUUUUCGAGGAAAGAGAGAAUCUUCGUUUUGACUUGUAUGAUGUUGACUCCAAGAGCCCCAACUUGUCCAAACAUGACUUUCUGGGACAAGUGUUUUGUACAUUGGGGGAGAUUGUUGGUUCACAGGGAAGCCGCCUCGAAAAGCCGAUAGUAGGAAUCCCAGGGAAGAAAUGUGGAACAAUCAUACUCACAGCAGAGGAACUGAACUGCUGCAGGGAUGCUGUUCUGAUGCAGUUUUGUGCCAACAAAUUGGACAAGAAAGACUUCUUUGGAAAAUCUGAUCCUUUCCUUGUUUUUUAUCGAAGUAAUGAAGAUGGCAGUUUUACAAUUUGCCAUAAAACAGAAGUUGUGAAAAACACCCUGAACCCUGUGUGGCAGGCCUUCAAGAUCUCCGUGAGAGCUCUAUGCAACGGAGACUACGACAGAACAAUCAAAGUAGAGGUGUACGACUGGGAUCGAGAUGGGAGUCACGAUUUCAUUGGAGAAUUUACAACAAGCUACCGGGAACUUUCUAGAGGGCAGUCCCAAUUCAAUGUAUACGAGGUGGUGAAUCCCAAAAAGAAAGGAAAAAAGAAGAAGUAUACAAAUUCUGGAACUGUAACAUUACUCUCCUUCUUGGUAGAAACGGAAGUUUCUUUCCUUGACUACAUCAAGGGAGGAACACAGAUCAACUUCACAGUGGCUAUUGACUUUACAGCAUCGAAUGGCAACCCUGCACAGCCCACUUCUCUCCAUUACAUGAAUCCUUACCAACUCAACGCCUAUGGAAUGGCCCUGAAAGCAGUGGGAGAAAUUGUCCAAGAUUACGACAGUGAUAAGAUGUUCCCAGCUCUGGGUUUUGGUGCAAAACUGCCUCCAGACGGAAGGAUCUCUCAUGAAUUUGCUUUGAAUGGGAACCCUCAAAACCCCUACUGUGAUGGCAUCGAGGGGGUGAUGGAGGCAUACUACAGGAGCCUGAAAUCUGUGCAGCUGUACGGGCCAACCAACUUCGCCCCUGUGAUUAACCACGUGGCAAGAUAUGCUUCGUCUGUAAAGGAUGGCUCCCAGUAUUUUGUGCUCCUGAUAGUGACCGAUGGCGUUAUUUCAGAUAUGGCUCAAACCAAGGAGUCCAUAGUUAAUGCCUCAAAACUUCCAAUGUCAAUAAUUAUAGUGGGUGUUGGACCAGCAGAAUUUGAUGCAAUGGUUGAAUUGGAUGGAGAUGAUGUACGAGUCUCCUCCAGAGGAAAAUACGCUGAAAGGGACAUUGUGCAGUUUGUGCCAUUCAGGGAUUAUAUCGACCGAAGCGGAAACCACAUCCUGAGCAUGGCGAGAUUGGCUAAAGAUGUCCUGGCUGAAAUCCCCGAGCAGUUCCUAUCUUACAUGCGGGCCCGAGGAAUCAAGCCGUCCCCUGCGCCUCCCCCCUACACCCCACCCACCCACGCGCUGCAGACACAGAUCUGACUGUGCUCCCCCAGUGCCCACAGUGACGCCACAUCAACGACAGCUGCUGAGCUGAUGCUUUGCGCCUGGUGCUCUGUCAUGAACCAGGGAAUGAGAUAUACGUUUCUCAGUCUGGUCUCAGCAGCACUAGUUCAUGUGCUUUCUUGGAUCCAAAAUGAAUUCUCUUCCUAAACCAAAACUGUAAAUAUGGUUUGUUGCAUGAGCAACAGAAAAAUUGUUAAAAUGCUUGAAGCAAUGUAUGGAUGUCUUCUCUGAAUUUUUUUUUUUUUUUUGAAGCAGCUAAUUUCCAGUGUAUGUUGGGGAAAAAGCACAAAUGUUUUUAACUGAAAUAUUGUCCUCGACUGCUCUGUGUAUAGAGAAGCAGUCUCUGUAUUGAUGUUUACAUGUUACUACUUUUUAAAUUUCAAUACUUUUAUAAUUGUUCUUAAGAAUACUAAGAGUUUUGAAUACUGAAUCCUUUGUCUUCUAAACUGCAAUAGCUAUAAUCACAAGAGCAAUAUCUCUUUGAAUGACUGUCUGGACAAAAGCAGAACAACGGAGGGACGGAAAAGCUCCUUUUGCAUCUCUCGGUCACUGAGUUGUCUUAAGAAGCUGCACCUGCUCACUGGUUAAUUCCCUGCAGUGCUGGUGCAUAUGGAGGCUUUAAGCUUAGCAGGUGUGCAUCCUGGAAGAACAUGCAUUUUUCAUGGAGGUUGGGUUCUAAAUUUAGAGUGCAGUCAGUUUAUGUUUUGUAACACACAGUAGAAAUAAAAAGUCAACCGUUGUGACCUGUAAGUGCACAGAAAAAGCUCUGUAUAAAAAGUAGCAUCCUUACCUUCUAAUGCUAUUUAAGAAAAACUAAAAGAGUAUUUAACUGUGAACCCUGUAGCAGAUGUUUGACAUUUUCUAUCCCAUUACAUCUUGUCUAGAUAUUUUAAUUCAAAGGGAUACUGGCUCUCUUGAUUGGGAUCCCCUGUUGUCACCAUUCCACUUUGCCACGUGGGUGCACAGACUGGAAGUCUUUCGUGAAAUCCCUGUUAAAUACAUAUGACCUGUGACUUAGUGCACAGCACAUUUGCGAAAUACUCCUCUAUUCUGACCUGCCUGUCCACAAUUAAUUGUAAGAGUUUUUGCAUGUACAGUUUUUACAACAAUUACAGUUUUGUGAAGUUGUGUCCAAAUUAAAGCAUUUCUUUAGAACAAAUGGCCUUAAAUUCUCACAGAAUUCCUGGAAAUGAUUGUGAAUUGCCUUCAAAUAAUAGAAAAGUGUAUUUAUUUAUUUUUUCUUUUGUGUCAACAACGUAAAAACUUUCUAUUUUUUCCUUACCACUAUCCUAUUUACUACUUGGUUUAUUUCUACUGUAUGUUGUUCUCUUUCUCCCGAGUUGACCUAGGGUGACUUUUAUAAGCAUGGAACUAUUUUACUGAGAAUAUAUAUAUAUAUAUAUAUACACACACAACAUCCACAUAUCUAAUGGCAUCGAUGUUACAUAACUAUGUAAUAUUAAAUUGUCCAUUUUUAAGCAUUAAAAUCUUUAAAAGGAUAACUACACUAUGUACACUGCCUGUAUGAAUGACAUGGAGUCUGAUAAUUUCCGUUACUUCAGUGUUUAUGUCAGGAUACUUACUAACCUACGAAAUUUUUUUCUACCCUUAUUCACCAGUUCAAAAAUCAAAAUUAAAUAAGACUGAUACUCUU